AUGUCGAAACGGAAAAAUGAGUUGAAGCAGGCCUUGCCGGCUAAGAAGGUUAAAAAGCAAGAGGAGGAGCCCGACAUGUCAAGCGAAGAGGAGAUCGAUAUGUCUGAUGCCGAUUCCAGAUUGUCUCAAGACAGUUCUGCCGACGAAUUGGAUGAGUCGCAGGACGAGCUUGACGAGUCUGAAAACGAGGACCAGGAGUCCAGUAGCGAGACCAAUGGUAAAACAGAAGAAGAAGUUGCCCAGUCGAAAGAGAAGCGCAAAGAGCAGAAGCAGCUUCGCCAAGAGCGUAAACUGAAAAAGGCCCACGGCCAGGAGAUUCAAGAGAUCAAGAUUGUCUGGGAGCGGCUGCGAGCCAAAACUCUGCCGGCAGAGACUCGUAAAAAGCUUGUCCAGCAGGCGUUUGAUCUUUGUAAGGACCGCUUCAAAGAACUGGUUCUUCGCCACGACUCUUCUCGGGUUGUGCAGACUAUUUUCAAGUACGCUGAUCAGGAAAAGCGUACCUUCAUCACCAACGCUCUCAAGGGCAGUUACGUCGAGUUGGCCAAAAGUGCGUAUGGUAAGUAUCUAUUGGUUAAGAUGAUGCAUUACGGUAACGCCAAAGUGCGCAAACAGAUCAUCGAUGAGCUGCAUGGCAAUUUUCGUAAACUCAUCAAGCACCGAGAAGGCGCCUAUGUUAUUGAGGACUGUUUCCGUGAUUAUUCUACCGCUGCACAGCGCCGUCAGAUUCUGCGGGAGUUCUAUGGUGGCGAGUUUGCUCUGGUUCGGGAUGCUGGAAAGGACAAGGCAAACCUUGCUGAAAUCAUUGCCGAAAAGCCUGACAAGCGUCCGUUCCUGCUUGAAAACCUCAACCAGGUUAUUACUGCUGCUGUGAACAAAGGAUCAAUUGGUUUUGAAAUUAUCCAUGCUGCAAUGCUCGAGUAUGUUCGCAACAUCAACCCGGAGGGCUCUGAUCGGGAAACGUUUGUAGACCUGAUCACUGAGCAGUUUGCCGAGUUUGUUCACACCUCUGAUGGUUCCCAUGUUGCCAUGCUUGUUCUUGCUCUAGCCUCUGCCAAAGAGCGUAAGAAGUUGUUGCGUGCCCUCAAACCAUUCGGCGACAAACUUGCCACAGAUCAGUACGGUAACCUUGUGCUCACAACUAUUUUCUCCACCGUUGACGAUACCGUGUUUGUUGGAAAAUCAUUUAUGCCCAUUUUUGAAGACCAAAUCCUCGAUCUGAUUGUCCACAAGUAUGGCCGUCGUCCUUUAUUGUAUUUGCUUACCGGCCGGUCUCCUCGCUACUUUAGCAAAGAUAUCCUUGAGCGAUUCGAUGAAGUUGAUGCACUCAAGUCUGCCACUUCCAAAAAAGACGACGAGACACGCCGCCUCGAGCUUUUAAAACAAUUCGCUCCUUUGAUGUACCGAACGGUUGCCGACUCUGCGUCUGAACUGAUGAAAGAUCCUCUGGGAAUGCAGUUUAUUGGGGAGCUUCUGGAGCACGGUUGUGAAGAUGAGAAUCGGACCGCUGCUAUUGAUGCAGUCGUCCGUGAGUUCAGCGGAUCAGUUGAGCUUGUCAAGGCCCACCCCUUGGCCAACCCCGUGUGCUCACGAACGCUUAAAACGCUUGUCAAGCAGGUUCCAGAAGUGCGGGAACAGGUUACUGAGCUUGCUCUGAAGAAUACCGAAGAAUGGGCUGCCGGGCCUGGCACAUUUGUUAUUGUUGCCUUGCUGGAAAGCCUCGAGGACCCCAAGGAACUCAAGAAGGCGGUGUCUAAACAUAGAAUGGCCAUCAAGGCCAGCGAAGCCCGGGGCAAGGAUCUGUUGUUGGAAGUAUUGCAGUCGUAA